AUUGCGGCAUUAAUCAGCAGUUCGUAAUCAGCGUCCCAUGAUGAGACAUCUUCUGUGCUUAGUGUUUGCUAGCUUAAUUUGUGCCUUCCAUCAUGCAAGAUCAGAGGAGUUUGUCAUUCCCGACAUAGAAUUUGAGUAUCUGCAGCCGCGUGGCUUCCGGGCCAGUAUCCCUGAUAUUCCCGGAAUCAAGCUGUUUGCGUUUCACGCUCGUAUGAACAAACCUUUCGAGCAAUUCGAGGAAGGUGACUUUGCAGAGGAUGUGAGUGAACCGGAAGAUGGCCGGUGGGUAUUUGAGACCAAGAAGGCCAUCAGGGAUGAUCAAAUCAUUUACUACUGGGUCUACGUACAGCAUGAAAAUCGUUCUUACUGGCUAUCGAAUCAGCAGCAUACCGUGGAAAAGCAACCGACACCUAAAGGAACGAAGCCUACUACAACCACAACUACGACCACGACGACGACGAAAAUUCCCACUACUACUAAGCCGCCAUGUGCUCCGUCGGUUACGACCGUGAAUGGUAAGGCCAGUUGCGGAGGGGAAAUGAUCUUUGAGGAUACCUUCCAGACUUUGGAUCUGAAGAAAUGGCAGCGGGAAGUGCGGAUUCCGUUGGAUACGGAGUCUGCAGAGUUUGUCUCCUACCAGGAUUUACCGGAGAAUAGCUACGUCGCCGGAGGUCACCUUUUCAUCGUUCCGACGCUGCUCAACAUGAAUCCGGACUUCAACGAGGAACGCAUUCGCACCGGCGAAUUGGUCCUUUCCGGUUGCAAAUCACCCACCAACAAUGAGUACGAGUGUCGUCGGAAGGCAGCCCUCUCCAUGAUUCUACCGCCGGUGGUUUCCGCGAAGCUGAACACCAAAAACAGCUUCCACUUUCGGUACGGUCGGGUGGAGAUCCGAGCCAAACUGCCCAAGGGAGAUUGGAUUUUUCCACAGUUGCUCCUGCAGCCGGCCGAGAACUACUACGGCUACGCAGAUUUGGCCUCGGGCAUGCUGCUGGUGGCUCACAUCCUAUCCAACGAGAAUCUGAUAACGCGGGAGGGCAUCAAGAUUGAUGGGCAUCGGCUGCGGGGAGGCGCUAUCGUAUCAACCCGGGCCCAGCUUCGAACUGCCUUUCUCCGAGCGAACAUAUUGGAGCAGCAUUUCAGCGAUAACUUUCAUACUUAUGGACUUAUCUGGAAGCCGGACAGCAUCAGCCUAACCGUGGAUGGAUUCCAGUAUGCAACCUUGAGGGACCGCUUCAAAUCGUACGGUGUGGACAGUAAUCUCACGCAGGCGAAUCUUUGGAAUCCGGAAAAUGCAAUGUCGCCGUUCGAUCAGGAGUUUUACCUUUCGCUUGGAGUGGGGGUCGGAGGCGUGACGGAUUUUCCGGACUACACCGUGACCGGUCCGAUGAAACAGCCAAAGCCGUGGAACAAUACCAGCCCCAAGGCGGAGUACUUCUUCUACCAGAAUAGGAACGUGUGGUUCCGAACGUGGACGGACCCCGAGUUGAAGGUUGACUACGUUCGAGUUUAUGCGUUGUGAGGAAGGGGAAAUUGCGAGAGCUAAUAGACUAACCGAUUGCUUCAUUAAAGAA